CUCCUCGGUCUCAUAGCUCCAAGCUUGUCCUGCUUCUUCAGCCAUGAUCGCCAAACAGCAGUGUGUCCGGGGCGGGUCCCGGGGCUUCAGCUGUGGCUCAGCCAUUGUUGGUGGGGGCAAGAGGGUUGCCUUCAGCUCUGGCUCCGUGUCUGGAGGUGCAGGCCGCUGCUCCUCUGGGGGCUUCGGCAGCAGGAGCCUCUACAACCUUGGCGGCCACAAGAGCAUCUCUCUCAGUGUGGCCGGGUCUCGCCAAGGUGCCGGGGGUGCUGGGGGCUUUKGUGCUGGGGGCUUUGGUGCUGGGGGCUUUGGUGCUGGUGGCUUUGGUGCUGGUGGCUUUGGAAGUGGAUUUGGUUGGGGUGGUUCUGGCCUCGCUGCCUGCCCUGCUGGGGGGAUUCAGGAGGUCACCAUCAACCAGAGCUUGCUGACCCCACUCCACGUGGAGAUAGACCCCGAGAUCCAGAAAGUGCGCACUGAGGAGCGCGAGCAGAUCAAGACCCUCAACAACAAGUUCGCUUCCUUCAUCGACAAGGUGCGGUUCUUAGAGCAACAGAAUAAGGUCCUGGUGACCAAGUGGAACCUCCUGCAGCAGCAGACGACCACCACAUCCAGCAAAAACCUCGAUCCCUUCUUUGAGACGUACAUCAAUGCCCUCAGGAAGCAGCUGGAUACCUUGGUCAAUGACAAAGGGCGCCUGCAGUCGGAGCUGAAGGUCAUGCAGGACAGUGUGGAGGACUUCAAGACCAAAUAUGAAGAUGAGAUCAACAAACGCACAACGGCAGAGAAUGACUUCGUGGUCCUCAAGAAGGAUGUGGACGCUGCCUACAUGACCAAGGUGGAGCUGGAAGCCAAGGUGGACGGCCUGAAUGAUGAGAUCAACUUCCUGAGGGUCCUCUACGAGGCGGAGCUGUCCCAGAUCCAGAGCCAUGUCAGUGACACGUCUGUGGUCCUCUCCAUGGACAACAACCGCAACCUGGACCUGGACAGCAUCAUUGCUGAGGUCCGCGCCCAGUAUGAGGAGAUCGCCCAGAGGAGCAAGGCUGAGGCCGAGGCCCUGUACCAGAUCAAGGUCCAGCAGCUCCAGAACUCAGUUGAUCAACAUGGUGACAACCUGAAGAACACCAAGAACGAGAUCUCAGAGCUCAACAGGAUGAUCCAGAGGCUGCGGGCAGAGAUUGAGAACGUCAAGAAGCAGUGCCAGACUCUGCAGGCGUCUGUGGCGGAUGCAGAGCAGCGUGGGGAGCUGGCGCUCAAAGAUGCCUACACCAAGCGCACAGAGCUGGAGACUGCCCUGCAGAAGGCCAAGGAGGAGCUGGCCCGGAUGCUGCGCGAGUACCAGGAGCUCAUGAGCGUGAAGCUGGCCCUGGACAUUGAAAUUGCCACCUACCGCAAGCUGCUGGAGGGCGAGGAGUGCAGGAUGUCUGGAGAAUGCCAGAGUGCCGUGAGCAUCUCCGUGGUCGGUGGUAGCUCCAGUAUUGGAGGCAUCAGUGGAGGAUUCGGCGGAAACUGCUCUGGAAUUAGCCUGGGUAGUGGUUUUGGCUCCUGCUCUGGAGGUGGCUUUGGGUUUGGCGGCGGUGUCUGCGGUAGUUCCGGCAGCAAGAUCAUCUCUACCACCACCCUGGGCAAGAAACCCCGAUAA